GCCUAGAAGAUUGAGAAAUUCUCCGUCGUCAGAUUUUGCUGCCAGUAAGUUGACUACUCAAGUAGCAAGUAGAUAGAUCAGGCAACACCCACCACUGGCGGAGAAGGGCACGAACACCGGCCAGGCCAUGGAAUCCCCGACUGCUGUCAGUCAAGACGAUCGGAAUGUGAAAAAUGACUAUCUACAAAUUAAUGGCUUUCACUACGUUGUGCCUACUGGUUCCUGUACAACAACAACAACCUUUACUGGCAGCGCCACAUAAACGACGUGUUCUAGGCUGCCACGCAUCUCCCCUGACGUCACAGCCGGUGUUCCAGCUCUGGUGCUUUGUCUGCGUGUUUACUUUUGGAGUCGUUUCCUUCCCCCCUUUUUCCAUUUCCCUUCCAUGGGUGACUGAUCCGAUUAUUCAGUCUUGGGUCACCCGGUCGGCGAUGGGUAGUCGGAUGGACUGACUCCAGCAAAGUACUCCAUCCACAGGGCGGGAGAAACAUGGGUCACUCACACACCCACUAGGAAAAAAGAAGGGACUGGCAACGAUCCCCUAAACCGGAGGGGGUAAAGUCGGGGCGCUAUUGAAGUUAGCGGGUGGAUGUGCGGUGGAGAGGAACAAUAGCCUAGUGCUGGGGACCAGUGGAGAGCAAUACUUGGUAGCUACGAUUUUCAAGCAGUUUUAUUUUAUUUUUUCUCAAGCGAGUGGUUCA